AUGGUUCCUCCAGCAGGUAUUUUGAGGUCCAGAGCUGUGUUUCAAUGGACACCUCGUCUUUUUUUUUCCAGAUCAGGGGUAGUGCUGAACUUAGAUGCUAAUUUGAGGGACGCGAAAGCAGCCAUGUCCAAGUUCGAAGGUUUUGAGGGCAUCGGAAAGCGUUCCAAGACAGGUAAAGCCCAAUACGGUGUAGUUAAGUAUAUUUUGAACUGCUACUUUUCGAAGAACAAUACGCAUUUUACAUAUUCGGCGAUGAUAGAAGAUGUGAACUUCAUGAAAAACAACCCGCAUCUCUCGUAUAACGAGAAAUACCAAUAUUAUAUGAAGUUACCACAGAAGCUGAAGCUGCACCUUUCUACUGGUAACCUUGGAUUUCGGAAGGCGGCCCGUGGGGAAUACGAAGCUGCGUUCCAAACCACCGUGAAGCUCUUCGAUGUGUUGAAAGAGAGGAAUCUACUAGAUAAGAAAAUCGAUAUUAUAAUGAAGGACUUCGGAAAGGGUAGAAAGGCCUUUAUUACGGCAAUGAAUGGUAAGGAGGGGACCGCUAUACGGCCUCUUGUGAAUAGGAUUAGUGAUGCUACGACCUUGAAAUUUGGUGGUGUUAAGGCUCCCAGACCAAGAAGGUUGUGA